AUUCUGCAGAUGGGGGGGAAGGAUUUCUGGGUUCUAUGCUUGUUAUUUAACAAGAGAAGAAGGAGAAAUUUCAAGCUUUCUAUCGGGUUUUUCAAGGGAUGGCUGUCGGUAAAAUCUAUCUUACAAAAGCAUGAUUUAUUUCUAAAAUCUAUAUCAAUCUCGAAAUGGCUAGCCUUCUAACUUGUCACUUCCCGUGGUUUCCUCGUUCUUGACUUCACUUCCUAAAAUGGUGGACAAGGAAAAACUAUGAGAUAACUCAAUGGGGGGGAAGGAUUUCUGGGUUCUAUGCUUGUUAUUUAACAAGAGAAGAAGGAGAAAUUUCAAGCUUUCUACCGGGUUUUUCAAGGGAUGGCUGUCGGCUUGCUUGGUUCCCUUUUUUUUUUUUUUUGUUUCGGCUGCAGCAGGAGGCGUCUAGAGCCAUGCCACCGAGAAAGAGCAAAGAUAAAGAGCUUCAGCCAGCCCAAGCUGAACAUGCAGAUGACAGUCUAGUUUACUCAGAGGAAAGAGAUGCAGACCGCAGAGAUGACUUUGCUGAAUCAAGUAAUGUGUUUAGAGGUAUGACUGAACGUCUGGAUUUAGCAUUCAAAGAACAGAACCAGGCUAUGCAGAGACUUGUUGAGAGUCAAGCAGAAUCCUCCAAACGUCAGGAAGAGCUAAUUAGACAAUGUAUAGAAGAAAUGAGAUGGGUCUUUGAAGAAGGCACUAGGGUGAUGCGAGAAACUGGGGAAAAAAAUCGUAGAACACUGCAGGCUGUUUCAAAACAAGUGGUUGAGCAAGUGCGACAGCCCAGACCUGAGAUCCCUCCUUCGCAGAAUUUCUUCAUGGGUGAAGGACAAAGACAACAGGAACCAAUGGAGGCUGCUGCUCUCGUUGCAGACCAUGGCCAUCAACCUCAGCAUAAGUAUAUUUCGCCAAGUGUGAAAGGAAAUGUGGGUCCUUAUCAUCAACCCUACCCAAGGGACUUUUUCCAGCCACAAGUUCCUCCAGCCCAGCCGGUACAGUGCGGUCUACAGAAUCAACCAGCUCAAUUAUUCAAUAAAGAUCAACUAAUAGAUUUGGUACAAGAAACCUAUGGACCAGCCUUGAAACCAUUGGUACGUCCAGCCUACAAGAAGCCUUAUCCAGACGUCAUUGAUCAUGAAAAUCCUUUUCCAAGGGGUUUUAAAGUGCCUGAGUUCACUUUAUUUUCUGAUGAGGUUGCCCUUACUUGGUACCUCAGUCUGCCUCAAAAUUCAGUCUACUCUUGGAGGCAAAUAGAGGACUUGUUUCAUACUCAAUUCUAUCGUUGUGAACCAGAAGUGUCUAUGGCAAACUUGUCGAGGUUAGCCCAAAAGCCUGGAGAAUCGUCUGAAGCAUUCCUUGCGAGAUUCUGGAGAGCUAGACUGAAAUGUAGAGUUGCACUGCCAGAACAGGAAUUUGUCAAGCUGGCUCGGAAUGUGGCUCAGUAUGAAAAUCUGCUGAAAGAAGAUGUUCAAAAGAAAGAUGCAUCACAUGGAACCUAUUACAGUGACCCUAAUUUUGAUCUUGAUGUGGCUGAGGUUGUUACAGACAAGCCUAUUGUUUGUCCAGACCUUGUCAGACCAACUCACCAGCCUGAGACGUCUGUGAGACGUUAUGUUGGUGAGGCUGAAAAACAGUAUACUUUUGAUGUGUCAAAAGCUAGUGAUAUAUUCGACCACCUUAAAAAGAGUGGUCUGAUUAAGCUGCCACAGGGACAUAAAAUCCCAACAGCAGCUGAAAUCGGAGCUAGAGAUUAUUGCAAAUUUCAUAAUUCUUGGAAGCAUUCUACUGAUAAUCGUCUUAUUUUUCGUAAUGUCUUGCAAGAAAAGAUUGAUAAGGGUAUCUUGAAAUUUCCAGACAAAGCGAAGGAAACCAUGGGAGUGGAUGCAGACCCUUUUCCAGCUGUGUCUGUCAGCGUGAAUGUUGCAGACCUUAGGAGUGUUGCCAGAAAUCGUAGUCUGCCUUAUGCUUAAAGGAACCUUGCUGCUGAAGACUUGAGGUGGGUGCUUGAGGCACAGAGAUCCAGACAUGGCAGGAGCGUCAGGUCAAACCAAUAGAGGCUCGGGGGGCAAGGAAGGAUCAUUGUGACCAGGAACUUUAGUCCAGAAGGUGCCAGACGAUAUUCAACUG